CGCUUACUGUGUGCAACAUUUGCCAUCACUUUUAGUCGUUCGCCGUUCGUUGGUAGUCGUCGUUGUCGUUUCGAGUGAAUCGAAUGUAAGAUAACCAUUCACAUACUGUGAGCGACGCUUUGAGCUGUGGAUUCCUCCUACUUUAAUUAAUUUUUCUGCUGUCUAUCAAUUGCAACAGAGAUCGUGCGUGGGCCAAUACACACACACGAACACACUUAUACAAAUUAUUCAUAUUCUUAGUUUGGUCAAGUAACUAAAACAAAAAAACCACAAACAUGUCGACAGUCGAUAAGGAAGAACUGGUCCAAAAGGCAAAAUUGGCCGAGCAAUCAGAACGCUACGAUGACAUGGCCCAGGCCAUGAAAUCAGUCACAGAGACGGGCGUCGAGCUGUCAAAUGAGGAAAGAAAUCUGCUCUCCGUUGCCUACAAAAAUGUGGUUGGAGCGCGCAGGUCAUCGUGGCGUGUUAUUUCCUCCAUUGAGCAAAAAACCGAAGCAUCCGCCAGAAAACAACAGCUCGCCCGCGAGUACAGAGAGCGUGUGGAGAAGGAGCUUAGAGAAAUUUGCUAUGAAGUUUUGGGACUUCUGGACAAAUACCUUAUUCCAAAAGCCAGCAAUCCAGAGAGCAAGGUUUUCUAUUUGAAGAUGAAGGGAGAUUAUUACAGGUAUUUAGCUGAGGUCGCUACAGGAGACGCACGCAACACCGUUGUUGACGAUUCCCAAACCGCUUACCAGGAUGCAUUUGACAUUAGCAAGGGCAAAAUGCAGCCAACACAUCCCAUCCGCUUGGGUCUUGCACUUAACUUCUCAGUCUUCUAUUAUGAGAUUUUGAAUUCUCCAGAUAAGGCUUGCCAAUUGGCUAAACAGGCGUUCGAUGACGCGAUAGCCGAGCUGGACACACUCAACGAGGACUCAUACAAAGACUCAACACUCAUCAUGCAAUUGUUGAGGGAUAACCUGACCCUUUGGACCUCCGAUACCCAGGGUGAUGGCGACGAGCCACAGGAGGGCGGUGACAACUAACCAAACAACUAAAAUGUUUCCUUUUUGACUAUGCAAAUAUUAUUCAGUAAUACAAACAAAAACAAACAAAACAAAAGAAAUAUAAAAAGAAAUCUUUGAAGUCGAAAGCAGCAGAGCAGUAAUGUAAUAAUAAAAGCAACAUCAAAAUCAGCAUCAGCAUCGACACAAAUCUAAACAAACAAACAAACAAUACACAACAAUAUUAUACAAAACAACAAAACACUACAACAUUAACAAUUCAGCAGAAUAAUGAUUCAGCUCGCGGCUGUGUGAUGAUAGUUUAGAGGCUGAGAAGAGUUUAGGUGAGAAGACUAUUGUCAUGCAACUGUUUGAGGAAGAAGAAAAAAUGAAUCUGGUUUAUAGACAGUUUAUAUAUUGUAUACAGACGAACAAAUGUCGUUCGCCGCGUCAAAUCAAUACAUGUAAAGUCGAUUAAAAAGUCUAUGAAGAGAAGGAAAUGUAAUAUGAAAUCAAAUGUCUUAAUUUGCUUCACAUGCCGUUCAAGUUGUCUUUGUUAGUAAAAUGCUCUUGCAAAUAUUCACAAAUGGAACUAUCUGAGUCAAAACUUAUAAAUACAAAAUAUAAAUAUAUAUAACUAAAUAUAUAAAAAUGAAGAAAAAAAAAAUAAAAAACAUCUAUCAGCUAUCCAGAACAAGAAUAAGAACAGGAACAGGAAGAGUGUAUUGUAUGGCAAAGAUGUGAAUUUUGUUUUGUGUAGUUAAUUACUAUUCCGCUGUUUUGGCCAACUGCGUACACUAUACAUAUGCCUAAAAUAUUAUUAUUUAUUUUAAUUAUGUUUUAAUAAAUAAUUAUCAUACUGUUUUACAUUAACAUACAAACAGCAAACAACAAACAAACAGAACACAAGACACAGUCAACAAGAAAUUUAUUGUCUUUUAUUUUUGUUUAAUGCGCUGCGCCGCUUUCCUUAAUAAAAAACAACAAUAAUAAAGAAAGGCUAAUUGGUUUAUACAAUAUAAAUAAUGUAAUUACAAAUAAUGCCCUCUAUUUUUCGUCGUCAAAGAAGAAGCCUAUACGAACCAAAAGAAACAAAUUAUGUAUUAUUUGUAAUUAUCUUUUUUUCUAAAAUACAACAAAUAAAAACAACAUAAA